CUUUCACUAGUUUUAUUGCAGAAAUUUAGUACUUUAUAAUAUUUCAGUACACAUUGUACGAUUUAACGUUAAAAUGCUAGUUUCAACUUGUACAUUAAAGAUCGAUACAUGUAGUUGGAAACCACUCAACAAUGGCCAGCAAUUUGUUAUUUCGAAUUUUGAGCAGAGAAUUGCUUAACAUUCCACUUCCUAGUCUUUUUAUUCCGGUGGGAUACGCAACUAUUGCAAUUGUUACCACGCUCGUCUGUACAGCCAAAUUCACCGCAGAUGUUGUCUUCCGUCCAAAUCCACCCACUAUCACUCAACCAGAGACCUAUGACUUUAUAAUAGUUGGAGGAGGUUCGGCUGGUGCUGUGGUUGCGAACAGGCUUAGCGAAAAUGCCCGAUGGAAAGUGCUGCUACUGGAAGCUGGUGAUACUCCGCUAAUUCUCAAUUCAAUCCCUGGUCUCCUCUCCGGCAACAUGUAUCACAAAGACACAGACUGGAAUUAUUUUUCUGUGCCACAAAAGAAUUGUUCUUACACAUCUUUGAAUCAAAAAAUAGGUCUAAGUCGGGGGAAAUCGUUGGGGGGAAGUAGCAAUCUAAAUUUCAUGAUUUACCAGAGAGGAAAUCCUAAAGAUUAUGACAACUGGGCUAAUAUAACUGGGGACAAGUCGUGGAACUAUAAAAAUUUGUUGAAAUACUUCAAAAUUUCAGAAGAUUAUCACGGAAAUUUUCCUGAUCCUCUAGGACAGUAUCACGGAUCUGGGGGCCCACUUACAAUCAGUAAACUGAGGAAUGAACCACUGGUCAAGCAAUGGGUGGCGGCAGCGGAGGAACUUGGUUUUAAUAUCACCGACCCUAACGCUGAACAAACUUCGACUUUUUCUCCAAUUGACACCACAACGAAAAACGGGCAGCGAGACUCAACUUACAAUGCCUUCUUAAGGAAUGCCAUGAAUAGAAAAAAUUUAAAUGUUGUUCGCUAUGCUGUGGUGGAUAAGAUUUUAAUGUCCGGAAAAAAUGCAACUGGCGUUGUUUAUAUCCGGCAUGGGAAGAAGAUUGAGGUUCAGGCUUCGAAGGAAAUUAUACUCUGCGCCGGGGUGUUUGGAUCUCCAUCAAUUUUACAAAGAUCUGGAAUUGGUCCAAGGCAUUUAUUGGAAUCUCUGAAAAUUCCAGUAGUUCAUGACCUUCCCGGAGUCGGGGAAGGCCUACAGGAUCACGUCAUGACAGUAGCAGGACCAAUACUACUGAAUGACUCUGUGUCAUUCAUGUUUGAUGACAUAAUAUCUCCUGGCACACUUCUCAAAUAUGCACGGAAAAGACUGGGUCCCUUGACAUUUAUCGUCGUCUCUGGCGUCGGGUUCUUUAGCACGUCUGAACCUAAGAAUCCCGAUUGGCCAAAUAUUUGUGUGUUCCUUAGUCCAAUGGGCAUGCACGCUUCAUUUGCGCAAGACAUUGCAAGACUGUUCGCCCUAGAAAGAAAACUUCUCGAGCCAUACUAUAACCACUUCAAAGGGCAUCACGCCACUCAAGUUUUUAUAAAUUUGGGCCGGCCUGAAAGCAGAGGCAGUGUGAAAAUAAAAAGCAGUGACCCCGACGUGCCACCAGAUAUUGACCCAAAUUACUACAGUGAUGCCGGGGGCAAAGAUAUUCGAGCCAUGAUAGAAGCAUUUAAAUUUAUCAUUAAAUACUUUACAACAACAACGCCCUGGAUGAAACUGGGAGCAAAUCCUAAUAAGAGGCACUUUCCAGGUUGUGAGAACUUCCAACUUCGAUCCGAUGAGUAUUAUGAAUGCCACAUCCGUCAUUUCACGGGGUCUAGCUGGCAUAGCUGUUGUACAAAUCAGAUGGGGCCGGAUGGCGAACAAAUGGCUGUUGUAGACUCAAAUUUGCGUGUACGAGGGGUAAAGAAAAUCCGUGUGAUCGACGCCAGCAUAAUGCCUAUUAUUUCGAACGCUAAUUUAAACGCUCCUACGAUCAUGAUUGGAGAAAAGGGGGCUAGUUUGCUGUUACAAGAAUGGGGAUACUAAGAAAUAUUAAGAAAUCUAUAAGUAGUCAAAUAAUGAUUCAUAUUGAAUCUCAAAUAAUAAUAAAAAGUGGUUCAUGAAUGAC